ACCUUAGAAAGCACUCUUGGGAAUUCAGACACGUACUGUUCUCGAGUUGAACAAGUAAUUCACCCAAUUCACGACCAGUCAUUCUACUUGACUUUUGAGCAGAAAAGGAAGCUCAAAGAGGAAUAUGGAAUUGAACCAUGGACCUUUGUGCAAGAACUUGGUGAGGCAGUGCUCAUUCCAGCUGGGUGUCCUCAUCAAUUGAGGAACUUAAAAUCAUGUACAAACGUUGCAGUUAGUUUUGUUUCACCUGAGAAUGUUCCUGAAUGCAUGCGGCUGGCUGAGGAGUUUCGUUUGCUUCCUCAGAACCAAGGAGCUAAGGAAGACAAAUUGGAGAUCAAGAAACUGACCCUCUAUGCUGUAAAAAACGCUGUGGAUACUGUGACGAAUCCAUAAAGGUCAGAGGAGAGCACCAACAAAAACACCAAAUCUACUGGCAGGAAAAGACAAUCCAAAAGAGGCAAGGGUGGAAAAGAAGGGAGAGGAAGCUCCCAACAAUGAAGUGUGACGGGAACUUGUUAAUGUUGCUAUACCAGGGAUGUUCAUGCAGUUAUUUGCUUUUAUAUGGUUAACAAGUGUAGUUAUUGAUACUAGGGAUUUUCAUAUUUUGCUGUGCUUUGUCCAGUUUUUUGUUGUUGCUGUCAGAACAAUCAAGGCUCCCCUGAUUGCAUCUGAUCAGCUGUUAAAAUAUACGAAACUGUCAAUCUGUACUAAUUUGGUGA